AUGGUGGAAAGUUCAAAUACCAAAAAAGUCAAAGUCUCCUCGUUGUGUGAACUUUGCCACGGUCGAAAGGCCGUGAUGAAAAGACCCAAGAAUCUACGCAAACUAUGUAAAGAAUGUUUUUUUCAUGUAUUUGAGACGGAAGUCCACAAUACUAUAGUAGAGAAUAAACUUUUUGCAAAUGUUGAAAAUAGCGAGUUCCCAGAAAGGCGGGCUGUUGCUAUAGGUGCAUCUGGUGGUAAAGAUUCUACUGUGCUUGCGUCUGUUAUGAAGACAUUGAAUGAAAGAUACAAUUAUGGCCUCAAACUAGUUCUUUUGUGUAUCGAUGAAGGGAUUAAAGGGUAUCGAGAUCAUAGUUUAGAGACGGUGAAGAUGAAUCAAAAAGAGUAUGACAUGCCGCUUGAGAUUUUAUCGUACAAAGACCUUUAUGACUGGACAAUGGAUGAGGUGGUGAGCUGUGCUGGAAUCAGGUCUUCUUGUACUUAUUGUGGAGUAUUGAGACGCCAAGCUUUAGACAAGGGAGCAGAGAAAUUGGGUAUCAACCACAUUGUUACCGGGCAUAAUGCUGACGAUAUGGCGGAAACAGUUUUACUUAAUUUAUUACGUGGUGAUAUCAACAGAAUCGAGAAUAGUACAAAGAUUAUUACUGAUUCAGAAAAUUCUGUUAUACAGAGAAGCAAGCCCUUUGCUUACAUGUCCCAGAAAGAGAUUGUGCUCUAUGCUCAUUAUAAGAACCUUACAUAUUUCAGCACGGAGUGCACAUAUUCUGAAGAAGCAUUCAGGGGCGAGUGCCGAAGCUUAUUCCAUUCUUUGUCUGCAGUUCUUCCUAGCGUUCACACAAACACUAUAUACAGUGGCCAGCAGUUUAAAAGAAAAGCCAAGGCCAUGAAGAGACAAAACAAUAAGAAUAACAAGAAUAAUAAGAAUAAUAUGGCUGACGAACAUGAGGUUCUACCCAACGGUACAGUAGCAAUAAAGGAGAGCAAGAGGUGUAAAAAAUGUGGAAGUUUGGCUUCCAACGAUCUAUGCCAAGCAUGCUUUUUACUUGCUGGCCUUGAAGUGAGUAGGGCGAAAGUUUCUAUAGAUAGUGAGGGUGAUGGUGCAGCCAAAUUGAGUAAGACUUUAGAAGGGUUGACGUUUUAG